UAGGAUUCGUUCGGUCGAGCCUGUAAUUCCUGUCAUGUUGAUCCGCGAGCGGCGUAGUGCGUACGGGAAACGGUAUCGUGUGUAGAAGGCUUAAGGGUAAAAAAAGAUUUCACUCGCAGCUUGCGGCAGAAGAAGAAGAAGAAGAAGAAUGAGCCAGAGUUAGUCGAGCGUUGACCAAGAAGCGCGUUGGACGAUCGCCGGAUCGGCCCGCUUCUUCUUGACAGAAGACACGUGACCGAGGAGUUUCCGUUGCGUAUUUACUUCAUACCCACGUGACAGUUACUUCCUGAGCAUAAUCGCUCCGGGCGUAUGCCAGGAUCCUCUGCUUCCACCUGUGAUGAGUUGCUCGGUUUCACAUAUCAGAAUAAAUUAUUUUACCAACCAUUUGUUCCGACUAAUUUCCAAAUGCAACGGUCGUUUUUUACUCGGUGAAAGCGAAAAAUUAGUAGCUGAUUGUGAUUUCAAAUAAAAAAUUACGUGAAGUGAGGCGGUCGACGUACACCGGUUAGUCGAAAUAUCAUCGGACAAACGCGGAAGAGUCAAAUGCCCCCCGCGCCAUGACGUCGAACGCAAUCCGUGGCAUACGGAGGAAGAAAAGCUCCCUCUGCGAAGUGAAGGUUGCUGUGAUCGGUGCUCCAGGAGUUGGCAAGAGCGCCCUAACUGUGAGGUUCCUUACCCGAAGAUACAUCGGCGAGUACGACCACCAGUCAGAAAACCGGUACAAACACGAAGUGCUGGUUGAUGGGGAGCCGAUACUCUUUGAAAUCCUAGACUCUUGUCCAAAGACCGAAAACGAGCUGCCGACCAUGGAGACGCUGCAGUGGGCCGACGGCCUCCUUUUGGUCUAUUCGAUAACGGACAGAGGGUCGUUCAACUUCGUUAGAAGGGCGAAGGAGGCCCUCGCCGUCGCCGAUCCGGAGGCUGCGAUGCCCCUCGCGAUGGUUGGCAACAAGGCCGACAUGGUUCACCUGCGACAGGUCAGCGCCGAGGAAGGUGAAAUUUUGGCCAAGGAUUUCGAGUGCUGGUUCAGCGAGGUCACAGCCGCGGAGCAGGUUGUCCAAGUCGCCGAGGCUUUUCACGAACUUUGCCGCGAAGUCUUGGCUGCCAGGAGACGAAACAAACAAUCUCUCCUCGACCGGAUGCUCGGUAGCAAAGCUGCUCGGGCUUAUUCCCGAGGAAAAAGCGACUCCGCGUUACCUAAGGACUAGCGAUAUCGAUUUGGAGAAUUCGUCCUGUCGGGAUGUACGGGGCUUGUGAGGAUCGUGGAACGGGGAUGCCUGGACCCAGACGCGGCAAGGGGAACGCGACGUCGUCGUCGAGACUUUGGGAACGAUCAGCGAAAUAGGAAUUCAGUCAUUCCUGGUGGGGAUUUGUCGCUGAAAUUUUGUACAAAAAUCUGAAAGUGUUAAGAAAAUUUUUGAUUUUUGGAAUUCUUUAAAAAUUAAUUAGUUCAGAAACAUUAUCGUUCCGAAGAAAAUGUAGCGAGUCAGUAUAUUCUUCGAUAUAAUGAUACCUUGAGGCAACUGUUAAAUAAGAACUAGCGAACUAGUGUCGCGUUCUGAAAAAUAAUUUGCCCUGAAUUUUUCUUGUAAUAACACAAUUUCAUAACUGGGAACGUUUGAAAUAAAUCAGAAAGUUUCUUUUAAAUUAUUUGUAAUACUUGAUUCAGGAGUUAAGCGUAUAGUAAUCCUCAGUGAAAAGUAA